AUGAACUCUAUCGAUAAAGUACGAAUAAUUGUAGCUGGAGAUUCAGGAUGUGGAAAGUCAUCACUUGCUUAUUUAAUUGCAAAUAAUGAAGCAAUGACAAAUCCACCAUACACUGUUGGCUGUUCUGUUGAAGUUAAACUACAUGAAUACCGGGAAGAUUCAAAACGAGAAUUUUUUAUUGAGGCAAGCUCAUUAAGUCACAAAAAUACACGAGGAGUGUUUUAUCAGCAGGCGAAUGGAAUUAUUCUUGUUCACGACUUGACGAAUCGGAAAUCUCAUGAAAAUCUGAAAUAUUGGCUGUACGAAAUAUUAAAUAAAGAAAGUGGAAAGGAUACCAUAAAAUCCUUCGCCGAACAGGAUCUGGACUCUGAACAAUUCUUAGGUUCACAAGCUUCACAAAUUCCCGUAUUGGUGGUUGGCACGAAAUUUGAUUUACUCGACGAGAAACAGAAAAAGACAAAUUCCAGAAAUCAGCAAUUUUCAAAGGAUAUUGGAGCUGAAGAGAUUUUCAUUGAUUGUCGCAACAUUCGAAGUUUCCAUGCUGGAUCUACCGAAGCUGUUAAACUUUCCAAAUUCUUUGAUAGAGUUAUUGAGAAAAAGUAUAUUUUAAGUGAUAAUUCGACAUUUAAUGACAAAAGAAAAUUUAUUAAUAUAAAGUCUCCUAUGGACAGUUCGAGUCGCUUUAUCUCACCAUUUACUUCCCCAUUAGGAAAUUAUUCUAAUUUUUCUUCGAAUUUAGCGAGUAAUUUAACUCAAUCACCAACAAGCCAAACUGAUUGA